UAGUUGUCGGUCUGGCGCAGCUUGUCUUUUGUUGGUAAAUUUUUGGCUUGGCUCUUUUUUAUGUUGGCAGUGAUGUUGUUGUUGUUUUUAUGUUUUUGGUAUGUCUUGGCUGUAAAACUUUUAGGCCAAGUUUGUUGGUGUUUUCAAGCGAAGCUUGUAAUCAGUUGCUUUAAUACGUUGCUUAAAAGCGGUGGUCCCUUGAGCGAAAAUCUAAAUCAAACAAAAAAAUAUUUGUCGGAAUUUUGCAAAGGACUUUAUUUGAAAACUUAAAAAAAGAAUUUAAAAAGACUUUUAGCAAAAAUGAAAUUGAAAUUUGUUUUAAAUUUAACCUUCAUACCCACCCUCUAUGUGUUGUUUGUUCUGCUGGAGGGAUUGCUGGAAAAUGGUGUAAUGGCCCAAAGUAAUGAGCCUUUGUUUGAAAUACCCGUACAGCUGAUUGGUUUUCCGGUUAUUGUGGCAUCCGUACGCCUCUCGCAGUUUGCCAAGAAGUUGGCGUACUCUUUAAAUCCAAAUACUUACCGGGCCCGCAGCAAACGUGACACUGCCCAUUUGGCUUACGAUGCAGAAUAUGCCCAAAAGGAAAUCCAAAGGGAGUUUGGUCAACGUGCCUGCAUUUUAGAAGAACCCUGUCGUCUGCAUGCCUCACGUCCAGGACGUGCCAGCCAAACACAUCCCAACUGGUCGGAAGUCUUCAGUAACUACAAAGUGCAAUCAACCGGCAUGAAACAAUGGUAUUUGUUGUCGUUGUUCAUUGGCGAUGCUGUGCGUGAUGUGCCCCUCUGUCGUUUGUUGGCCAAGAGGAUGCCAUGUCCAGGCGUUGGUCCCCUGCCGCCACCACAGCCACGUUAAGGCGGGGAGUGUAGAACUUAACUGACUGAAAUGCCACUGAAGUGUAGAGAAGGUAGAUUGCCCAGGACUACCUCUUAGUAAAGUAUUUUCUUAUUUCGUCUUCUGCUGCUGUUGCUGCUGAUUCUACAUCCCUUUACUUACUUGCAUCCUGUGUAAAUAUGGAAAGAAGGAGCUGGAAAAAAACUUACCCUUUUUUAUUUAUAUUUAAUGGCUAUCUUACGCUUUUAUUUGCUUUUUUACCAUUAUCCUGUUUUGUUCUCUCUCUCUGAUUUCUCUUCUUGGCUGCUGAAGGACAUUGGCUAAAAGGAGGCAAUGGAUUGGCAAAUGAAAACAGAAAAAAAAAAACAAUCUUACAAAUAUGACAUGGAACUCCUGCCUCAAUGAGUGGCAUGAAAUUUAAAGACUUUUUAUCUUUUGCAGAGAAAGGAAGGAUAUCAAGACCCAAAGUUGGGGGAGCUGAAAUGUAAGUGUGUGUGGGUGUGCGUUGGGGAAAGUGUGGAGCUGAGUAUAACCGCAAGUGUUGUUACAUUUUCUGGACGUUAUUGGGGGGAGUGGGGGACUUGGCUACAUUUGUUCAUGUUAUUGCGGUCUUUGAUGGCCCUCGACGCGGAAGGCUGUUGCAUGGCCAGUAAUUUAAAGUGGAAUGUAAAUAAUUAUGUUGCAUAAAUUAAACAAAUGUUAUUGACAUGUGGCCAAGAGACACCACAACUACACGUCAUAUUAAAUUUUCAGUAAAUUACUUUACUUUAUUUGUUUGUCAAGAGGGAAGGCAGAGAUAGGGGAGAAUGAGAAAUCCCUUUCUCUGCCAGAGACGAUUAUUUUCCAGAUACUAAAACAAAACAACAAAAGUGCAUUUCCUUUUUUUAUUACAAGUUUAAUUGUUACUAUUUAAAAUUUGUUAACUCCACUCCACUGAGACAUCAUUAAAUUGUAUUUUUCUUUUUUUUUUCCUUCGUUCAUUCGUUUCUCCUUUCGCUUGAGUUGUUUUUUACGCCAUUCAACAAUGAAUGACCACCAGUUUUUCAUUGUUCCCUGACUAUGUUUUUUUUUUAUUCUGGGUUUCUUGUUUUGUUUCAGCUGCCUUAAUACAGUUACAAACGAUUUCAUUUUGUCAGCAAUCAUCAGGUCCGGACAAAGAGCCAUGCCAGAAAAAAAAAAAAAAAACAAAACCCAAAACGAUUGGACCCAAAGGUUUUUCAUUAAAUUGAAAAAAUCGCCAAGUGCAAAUGAAAAGCUUGGCAAAAAAUGCAAUUGCAGCAGUCUUUGGUUGUAAAUUUCAACAAAUUGUUGACAAUAUGCAGU